GUAACCUGAUCAAGUGGCUCUGUAUCGAAAACCUGAGGAUCUCCGCGGCCCGCCGGCUUGACCCUAGUCAGGUUUACAGAAACUGUGUAAUUAUUUAUGAAAAUGGAAAACUGUGAAGAAAGAAAAAGAUAGCAGUUGGAGUUAAAAUUCCUGGAGGAAUAUUUUGCUUUUGAGACAUCAGCAUUUAAAAACGAUAUGUUGAUUUGGAAAGUCCUGGGAGUAAAUUGCAAAAUUCAUUUUUUCCAUUCAAUCAAUGGAUUUUUAAUCAUUCCUUGGAGUCAAUGAAGUUCAGAGACGGUGUGUGAUGGGAAAUGUGACAUGCGGUCUCUUCCUAUGAUUGCAUCUUGGAUUAGUUUGCUGCUUUUUUGAAGAGAUUCCAUUUUGAAGGGUACGAACCUAAUGUGAUGGAUUUAUCUUCAGAGAUGAACAGACAUGGGAAGAAUCCAGUGAGUCACAAGCUAGAAGAUCAGAAGAAGAUUUACACCGACUGGGCCAACCACUACCUAGCAAAAUCGGGCCACAAGCGGCUGAUCAAGGACUUGCAACAAGACAUUGCAGAUGGAGUGCUGCUAGCCGAGAUCAUCCAGAUCAUCGCAAAUGAAAAAGUUGAAGAUAUCAAUGGAUGUCCUAGGAGUCAAUCUCAGAUGAUUGAGAAUGUUGACGUCUGCCUUAGUUUUCUAGCAGCCAGAGGAGUCAAUGUCCAAGGUCUAUCUGCCGAAGAAAUAAGAAAUGGAAACUUAAAAGCCAUUCUAGGGCUGUUUUUCAGUUUGUCUCGCUACAAGCAGCAACAACACCAUCAACAGCAGUAUUACCAGUCCUUGGUGGAACUUCAGCAGCGAGUCACUCACACCUCUCCUCCGGCAGAAGCCAGUCAGGCCAGAGCCCAGCAAGAUAUGCAGUCCAGUCUGGCAGCCAGAUAUGCACCUCAGUCUAAUCACAGUGGAAUUGCAACCAGUCAGAAAAAGCCUACUAGGCUUCCCGGGCCCUCCAGGGUGCCAGCUGCGAGCAGCAGCAGCAGCAAGGUCCAGGGAGCCUCCAACUUAAACAGGAGGAGUCAGAGCUUUAACAGCAUUGACAAAAACAAGCCUCCAGCAUAUGCAAAUGGCAAUGAAAAAGAUUCCUCUAAAGGACCUCAGCCAUCGUCAGGUGUAAAUGGCAACAUGCAGCCCCCCGGCCCUGCUGGGCAGCCCCCUGCCUCUGCCAUCCCUUCUCCGAGUGCCAGCAAGCCCUGGCGCAGCAAGUCCAUGAAUGUCAAGCACAGUGCCACCUCUACCAUGCUGACCGUGAAGCAGUCCAGUCCAGCCACGUCUCCCACGCCACCACCUGCAGACAGACUGAAGCCCCCUGCCUCAGAAGGGGUCAAAACAGCUCCCUCGGGACAGAAAUCCAUGCUUGAAAAAUUCAAGCUGGUCAAUGCCCGGACUGCUUUACGCCCCCCGCAGCCUCCCAGUUCAGGACCCAGCGAGGGUGGGAAGGACGACGAUGCCGUUUCUGAGCCUGGUGAAAUGGAAGGCUUUAGCAGUGGGCUAAACAGUGGUGGCUCAACAAAUAGCAGCCCCAAAGCAUCACCUAAAUUAGCCCCUCCAAAAGCUGGAAGCAAAAAUCUCAGCAAUAAAAAGUCUUUGCUACAGCCAAAGGAAAAAGAGGAAAAGAACAGGGACAAAAAUAAAGUUUGCACUGAAAAACCAGCCAAGGAUGAGAAGGAUCAGGUGACAGAGACCGCUCCAAAAAAGACUUCUAAAAUUGCAAGCUUGAUCCCAAAGGGCAGCAAGUCGACAGCGGCCAAGAAGGAAAGCUUAAUCCCAUCCUCCAGUGGGAUUCCAAAGCCAGGCUCAAAGGUGCCAGCAGCAAAACAAACCGUUUCACCGGGCAGCACAGCAAGCAAAGAGUCUGAAAAAUUCAGGACUGCCAAGGGAAGCCCUUCACAGUCCUUGCCUAAGCCCAUAACCACUGAGAAAGCAAGCACAUCAAAUUGCCCUGUUCCUACGGAAGGAAGGGAAGCCAGCCAAGCUUCUCCCCCUGGCCCCUGUGCUGGGUCAGUGGCGCAGGGCAGUGGGCAGACCACGGGAAAUGGUGCUGUCCACCUCCCUCAACAGCAGCAGCACAGCCACCCCAAUACGGCCACGGUGGCUCCAUUCAUUUACAGAGCACAUUCGGAAAAUGAAGGUACUUCUUUACCAUCUGCCGACUCCUGUACCAGUCCUACUAAGAUGGAUUUAUCAUACAGUAAGACUGCUAAGCAGUGCCUAGAGGAGAUAUCUGGUGAAGACCCUGAAACAAGGAGAAUGAGAACAGUCAAAAACAUAGCAGAUUUGAGGCAGAAUUUAGAAGAGACUAUGUCCAGUCUUCGAGGGACCCAGAUAAGCCACAGCACCCUGGAGACAACAUUUGACAGCACAGUGACAACAGAAGUGAAUGGAAGGACCAUACCCAACUUGACAAGCCGACCCACCCCCAUGACCUGGAGGCUGGGCCAGGCGUGUCCUCGACUGCAGGCUGGAGAUGCUCCCUCCCUGGGGGCCGGCUACCCCCGUAGCGGUACGAGUCGGUUCAUCCACACGGACCCCUCCAGGUUCAUGUACACAACGCCUCUUCGCCGAGCCGCCGUCUCUCGCCUGGGAAACAUGUCACAAAUUGACAUGAGUGAGAAAGCAAGCAGUGACCUGGACAUGUCUUCUGAAGUCGAUGUUGGCGGGUACAUGAGUGAUGGAGAUAUCCUCGGGAAGACUCUCAGGAUGGAUGACAUCAACAGUGGGUACAUGACAGAUGGAGGACUCAACCUGUAUACGAGAAGUCUGAACCGAAUGCCAGACACAGUGACUUCCAGGGACACCGUUCAGAGAGGGGUUCACGACGUGACAGUCGAUGCAGACAGCUGGGACGACAGCAGCUCCGUGAGCAGUGGUCUCAGUGACACCCUGGAUAACAUCAGCACCGACGACCUGAACACCACGUCCUCAGUCAGCUCUUACUCCAACAUCACUCUCCCUUCCAGGAAGAACACUCAGCUGAAGACAGAUUCAGAGAAACGUUGCGCCACUGAUGAGACGUGGGACAGUACUGAGGAGCUGAAAAAGACGGAGGAGGACUUUGACAGCCACGGGGAUGUCAGUGGCAAGUGGAAGGGAGUUUCCCAGGGACUUCCUGAAGACCCCGAGAAGGCGGGGCAGAAGGCCCCCUUGUGUGUCUCUCAGACUGGUUCCUGGAGGAGAGGCGUGUCUGCCCAGGGAGGGGCCCCAUCUAGGCAGAAAGCUGGGACCAGUGCCCUCAAGACCCCUGGGAAAACUGAUGAUACCAAAGCUUCUGAGAAAGGGAAAACUCCCCUGAAAGGAUCUUCUCUGCAGAGGUCUCCUUCAGAUGCAGGAAAAAGCAGCGGAGACGAGGGGAAAAAGCCUCCCUCGGGCAUUGGGAGAUCGACCGCCACCGGGUCUUUUGGGUUUAAGAAACCAAGCGGAGUCGGGUCGUCUGCCAUGAUCACGAGCAGUGGGGCGACCAUCACCAGUGGAUCGGCCACGCUGGGUAAAAUCCCCAAAUCUGCUGCCAUUGGUGGGAAGUCAAACACCGGGAGAAAAACCAGUUUGGAUGGUUCACAGAAUCAGGACGACGUGGGACUGCAUGUUAGUUCGAAGACCUCCCUGCAGUACCGCAGCUUGCCCCGCCCCUCCAAGUCCAGCACCAGUGGCAUUCCUGGCCGAGGCGGCCACAGGUCCAGCACCAGCAGCAUUGAUUCCAACGUCAGCAGCAAGUCAGCCGGCGCCACCACCUCGAAACUGAGAGAACCCACGAAAAUUGGGUCAGGGCGCUCCAGUCCUGUCACUGUCAACCAAACAGACAAGGAAAAGGAAAAAGUAGCAGUCUCAGAUUCAGAGAGUGUUUCUUUGUCAGGUUCCCCCAAAUCCAGCCCCACCUCUGCCAGUGCCUGCGGAACACAAGGGCUCAGGCAGCCAGGGUCCAAGUACCCUGACAUUGCCUCGCCUACAUUUCGAAGGUUGUUUGGUGCCAAGGCAGGUGGCAAAUCUGCCUCCGCACCUAAUACUGAGGGUGCGAAAUGCUCCUCAGCCAUGCCCAGCCCUAGCACCACAUUAGCGCGCCAAGGCAGUCUGGAGUCGCCGUCGUCUGGCACGGGCAGCAUGGGCAGUGCUGGCGGGCUGAGUGGCGGCAGCAGCCCUCUCUUCAAUAAACCCUCAGACCUAACUGCAGAUGUCAUAAGCUUAAGUCACUCAUUGGCAUCCAGCCCAGCAUCGGUUCACUCUUUCACGUCAGGUGGUCUCGUGUGGGCUGCCAAUCUGAGCAGUUCCUCUGCCGGCAGCAAGGACACUCCGAGUUACCAGUCUAUGACUAGCCUCCACACAAGUUCUGAGUCCAUUGACCUCCCCCUCAGCCACCAUGGCUCCCUGUCUGGACUGACCACAGGCACUCACGAGGUGCAGAGCCUGCUCAUGAGAACGGGUAGUGUGAGAUCUACUCUCUCAGAAAGCAUACAGCUUGACAGAAAUACACUACCCAGAAAGGGACUAAGAUACACCCCGUCAUCUCGGCAGGCCAGCCAGGAGGAGGGCAAAGAGUGGCUGCGCUCGCAUUCGACCGGAGGCCUGCAGGACACCGGCAGCCAGUCGCCUCUGCUCUCGCCUUCCGCCAUGUCAUCUUCUGCCACCGGAAAAUACCACUUCUCCAACUUGGUAAGCCCAACCAAUCUGUCUCAGUUUAACCUUCCUGGGCCCAGCAUGAUGCGCUCCAAUAGCAUCCCAGCCCAGGACUCUUCCUUCGAUCUCUACGAUGACUCCCAGCUCUGUGGGAGCGCCACGUCUUUGGAGGAGAGGCCACGUGCCAUCAGUCAUUCAGGCUCCUUUCGAGAUAGCAUGGAAGAAGUUCAUGGCUCUUCGUUGUCCCUGGUCUCCAGCACUUCUUCUCUUUACUCGACAGCCGAAGAAAAGGCUCAUUCAGAGCAAAUUCAUAAACUGCGGAGAGAGCUGGUCGCAUCACAGGAGAAAGUGGCUACCCUCACAUCUCAGCUUUCAGCAAAUGCUCACCUUGUAGCAGCUUUUGAAAAGAGCUUAGGGAAUAUGACUGGCCGACUGCAAAGUCUAACCAUGACAGCGGAACAAAAGGAGUCUGAACUCAUAGAACUAAGAGAAACCAUUGAAAUGCUGAAGGCCCAGAACUCUGCUGCCCAGGCAGCCAUUCAGGGAGCGCUGAAUGGUCCUGAUCACCCUCCCAAAGAUCUCCGCAUCCGAAGACAGCAUUCCUCUGAAAGCGUUUCUAGUAUCAACAGUGCCACCAGCCAUUCCAGUAUUGGCAGUGGCAAUGAUGCUGACUCCAAGAAAAAGAAAAAGAAAAAUUGGCUGAGAAGCUCAUUCAAACAAGCCUUCGGGAAGAAAAAGUCCACCAAGCCCCCUUCCUCACAUUCGGACAUUGAAGAGCUCACGGACUCGUCCCUGCCAGCCUCCCCCAAGUUGCCCCAUAAUGCUGGUGACUGUGGGUCGGCCUCCAUGAAGCCCUCGCAGUCUGCCUCGGCGUCACCCCUUGUCUGGCCACCAAAGAAACGGCAAAAUGGCCCUGUGAUCUACAAGCAUAGAUCCCGGAUCUGCGAAUGCACGGAGGCUGAGGCAGAGAUAAUUCUGCAGCUGAAGAGUGAGCUCAGAGAAAAGGAAUUAAAAUUAACAGAUAUCCGGCUGGAGGCCCUGAGCUCAGCUCAUCACCUGGACCAGAUCAGGGAAGCCAUGAACCGCAUGCAGAAUGAAAUUGAAAUACUCAAGGCUGAGAAUGACCGGUUGAAGGCAGAGACGGGUAACACAACGAAGCCCGCUCGGCCGCCCUCGGAGUCCGCAAGCAGCACCUCCUCCUCAUCCUCACGGCAGUCACUGGGGCUUUCUCUGAACAACCUGAACAUCGCAGAGUCUGUUACCUCAGAUAUUUUGCUAGAUGAUGCUGGUGAUGCAAACGGACAUAAAGAUGGACGCAGUGUGAAAAUUAGAGUCUCCAUCAGCAAGGGCUAUGGUCGAGCAAAGGAUCAGAAGUCUCAGGCAUAUUUGAUAGGAUCCAUCGGUGUUAGUGGGAAAACCAAGUGGGAUGUCUUAGAUGGUGUAAUUAGACGUCUCUUUAAGGAGUAUGUGUUCCGCAUUGACACGUCCUCCAGCCUCGGUCUGAGCUCCGACUGCAUCGCUAGCUACUGCGUCGGGGAUGCGGUUAGAUCCCACAGCCUAGAAGUGCCUGAGCUGCUGCCUUGUGGCUACCUUGUUGGAGACAAUAACAUCAUCACUGUGAAUCUGAAAGGGGUAGAAGAAAACAGUUUGGACAGUUUUGUUUUUGAUACGCUGAUUCCUAAACCAAUUACCCAGAGGUACUUUAACUUGUUGAUGGAGCAUCACAGAAUUAUACUCUCGGGACCCAGUGGUACUGGAAAGACCUAUUUAGCAAACAAACUCGCUGAAUAUGUAAUAGCAAAGUCUGGAAGGAAAAAAACAGAGGAUGCAAUUGCCACUUUUAAUGUGGACCACAAGUCAAGUAAGGAAUUGCAACAGUAUCUAGCUAGCCUGGCUGAACAGUGCAGUGCUGAUAAUAAUGGUGCCGAGCUUCCAGUUGUAAUAAUUCUCGAUAAUCUUCAUCAUGUGGGCUCUUUGAGUGAUAUCUUCAACGGUUUCCUCAACUGUAAAUACAACAAAUGUCCAUAUAUUAUUGGAACAAUGAAUCAGGGAGUUUCUUCAUCACCAAAUCUAGAGCUGCAUCACAAUUUCAGGUGGGUACUGUGUGCAAACCACACAGAACCAGUAAAAAGCUUUUUAGGCAGAUAUCUUCGAAGGAAGCUGAUAGAGGUAGAAAUCGAAAGGAACAUACGCAAUAAUGAUCUAGUCAAAAUUAUAGAUUGGAUUCCUAAGGCGUGGCAUCAUCUCAACAGUUUUUUGGAAACACACAGUUCUUCUGAUGUGACCAUUGGUCCCCGACUUUUCCUGUCUUGCCCCAUGGAUGUAGAAGGUUCUAGAGUGUGGUUCAUGGAUCUCUGGAACUAUUCUUUGGUCCCUUAUAUUUUGGAAGCAGUGAGAGAAGGUCUUCAGAUGUAUGGGAAACGAGCACCUUGGGAAGAUCCCUCAAAGUGGGUGCUGGAAACCUACCCCUGGAGCUCAGCCUCUCUGCCUCAGGGGGGCCCAGCAUUGCUUCAGCUGCGACCAGAAGAUGUUGGGUAUGAGGGUUGCAUCUCCACUAAGGAAGCCACAACCUCAAAGCACAUUCCACAGACUGACACGGAGGGGGACCCCCUGAUGAAUAUGCUAAUGAAACUCCAAGAAGCAGCCAAUUACUCGGGUACACAAAGCUGCGACAGCGAUAGCACCAGCCACCAUGAAGACAAUUUGGAUUCAUCUCUCGAAUCUACCCUCUAAUGGGGGAAAAGAGUUAGGGGGGAAGACUAUGCCUUUUAAAAAUGUUUAAAACACAAGAUAUUUUCACUAAACCACUGCCAGUAUGAAAGCACCUAUCAAGGGUCCUGACCCAGAGUCGUGGUCUCCAAGGAGGCAGAAGAACUAAGUCUGAACCACCAAGAUGUUAAAUGGAAAUGGAAGCUUAACUUUAUUUUACUUCUAGGCAUUUUUAUAUCUGUGGAGUGAUACAAAGCUCCGUUACACAACUGGAGAGGACCCUGGUGAUAGGCAGCUGAAUAGAUUGCACACAGGAUAGCCAAACUGGACUUUAUGAUUUUCCUCUUUAAAAGUUUACAAUACAGACCUUUUUUUGUCCCUUCAUUUUGUUUCCUCUGACAAGCUGUUCUCCCUGAGCAGGGUCCAUUCUUCUGAUCCGUUCAACCUCCUUUGUGCCACAUGGUGCUGGUCACAGGGCUCCAGUAGUGUUGUGUCGUGCGCUCACCCUAUUCCAAAAAGAAGCGGAGAGGCCAGCCCUCCGUAAGCACAAAUGGAAUUGUGCAACCUCCAGAAAACACUACUGGGGCGAGCUGGAGAAGUGCCAACUUAGUUCUCAACUGCCAUGUCCCCAUGACGUGCUCCACCAACUGUCUAGUAUCUGAGUCACCGGUUUUAUAAGGUUCUUUUUACCACCGUGGUCUUUGUAAGCCACCUGCCCACUCCCUUAACAAGAGUUUUAUACCAGUUAUUAGUCAACACUGAAAAAAGGCUUUUUUAGGGCUUUAAUUGUUUGAGCCUUUUCAGUGAAAGAAGGAGCAUUUCCUAUGGUGCUGUCUCACUGCCUUAAAACAGAUUUCUACAACAGUUUAACAGUCGGUUUAAGUCCUAAACCAUCAGUAAUUUCCACUGUCCUUUCAUUUACAACCAAGCAACACCAAUUAACACGGUAGCCUCAUCUCUAUAGAUAUUCUUUUGAAGAAAUGGAUAGGAGAAAGAUCAGUGUUUUUGCCUUGUGAGUAGUUUGCUUUGCCUAUCCUCCAAAAUACCCCUGUAACACAGAAACCCUCUUUGACUGUCACUUCACAGCUAAGACAUGUGGCUGAAUUCCAUCCAGGUCCAGGUGAGAGAGUUUCAGAAGGUGGGAGAGUUUGAAUUCUCAUCCAGCAGAGCUGGACGCACUAGAUGCAGCGUGAGCACAACCAUUUGGCUUUCCUCCCCAAUUCUUUUUUUAAUUAGUUUUGAGCAUGUUGUUUUGAUUGCUAUUGUUGUACGUGAGAAAUUCAGCAUUAUAGAACACUGCAGCAGUGACGUCACUGUGGAAGAGGAGGCGUUUAUACUGUAAAAGAAGGUUAGAUUUGCACAGUCUACUGGGUAGGUAUUGUAAAUAAUAAUUUUAAAAACUUGCACAAAUCAAAACAAACACAAAAAAUUGUAUGUUAUCCUGUUGGUGUUAAGAGGUGUUUCACUUGCUGAGAUUUCCUGUACGUUGCAAACAAACACAGAAUGCAACCCCUCGAAGCUGUUAUUACCUGGUGUGUUUGUCCCGUAUUCACAGUUGUUAUGACCAUGCAGGAGCUGUCAGUGCUAGCGUGAGCAUGCUUCCGAACCGGACAUGAGCCAGUACAUUUUUGGAAAAGUGAAAAUGUCCCAAAGUGCAUCUGUCAUGGCAGGCUUUAAAGAGAGUGUGUGAAAACCGAUCGAGGUCAUCGGAGAAGUUGCCAGCACACACAGAGGAAAGGUUUGCAGCUGAUGGAACCCAAGGGCUAGGCCAUGGUGUGGACUUGUCCUGUGCAUGUGAACCGUGUUACCUUCAGGAUGUGUACUUGGUGCUACUCUCUGCAACCACCAUGGGUCCUUGGCUCCGGAACAAAAACAACACAAGACAUCCGUGCAGUUUGAGAGUGUCACUGAGUCUCUAGGUUCCAUGUGGUGCUAUUGCCCUAAGGGAAAUCUGAACGGAGUUUACGCACAUAGAAUUGUCACCCUGACUUUGAAGCCUCAAACGUGGAUCGAAUCUGUUGUGAAACAUCGAUACAUGUAGCUGGAUGAGUGACUAGUUGCCCUUGUACAAUAUGUGAUCUGAGAACACCACUCAUCUUUCCCUGCCAUUUUGAGAAACAGCCCCAACACAAUCAUAAGCCAAUUCCUGCAGCACAUCCCAGUAGGUCCACCUAGUUUACAACUUAAACUAGUUUGUGAAACAUUUGUCUGUACACAUUUUAUAUUUUGUACAUUUUUGAUGUAACAUAUCAUGUAAAUAGGCAGAAACAGUGAAAUAAACCAUCUGAAAAGUUUUGUAGUCUUUGUAAAGCCCUGACAAUAAGUACUUGGUGUCAAUGGACUUAACUGGAUGAUGUAUUUUCUAUUGGUUUAUUGUUCCUUUAGCUUGUAAACCAGCUUGCAUAUAUUUUUUUGCCAAUGUGCACCCUGUAUCUGUCUAAAUUAUUACUUUGCCAU